AUGACCUUAAUUGCAUUCUUCACGUCACUGUUAAUAAUUCUCUUCAUCAUUGCGAUUCUAUACCGCCACACGAAACCAUCCGAAACCCAUAUUCAAAUCAUCCACCUGCUCCUUAUUUAUCUGGUCGUCACCUCCAUCCUUGACCAAACUACGUCGGUGACCAUCUAUUUCCCAUCCGUUAAGUUGUCUUCAACUAACUGCCGCAAUUUCGACGUCGUGUACCACAUUUUCGCCGGCAGCGGACACUGGGCAGCGUUCAUGCUGUCCCUCAACCGGAUGAUUGCCGUUGUUUUCCCGCAUCAUUAUGCGAGAUUUAACAAACGCAGUGCGACAGUCGCGACGAUACUGAUUGGUUGGUUAAUUCUGCUUGCGUGCUCGCUACCCUUUUUCGUGGGCAGCGGCUGGUACGUUACUAACGUUCCACCGUGGAAUAACUGCGCAGUUCUUCCGAUGACACACGGCAACGGGAAAAUCUUUCAAGCCAGAGCAAUACUGAGCAUUCAUGUACCGAUUUCUGGGACAAUUGUGCUUUACGUGCUGAUUUUAUUGUCGCAGCUCAGAAAAAAGUUCAACCGCGACGGUGCCGUCGAUCGCAAGAUGCAGGCAACACUAGAGCGCCGCAUUUUAAUCGGCAAGAUGUUGUGUGCGUCACAGUUAUGGGAUUUAGCUUGUUAUUUACCGCAGUUUGUCCUGGCCAAUUAUCUCAAUGUUUUUGCGAAAAAUCCGCAUCUGAUCUUGCUGAUGUGGGCUCUGGAGUCUUGCGGAGAUUUUGGAACACCGAAUAUCGGACUGGGUUAA